CGACAGGAUCCGAUUCGCCCCGAGCCGCAGUCCGAGAUUUUUCCGGGACAAGGAAGCCGAAGGUGGAGCUAAAUUCACGCGCAGUCCUAACCCAUAACACCAUUUGCUGAGGUGCUGUAUCGUGCAAACACACUCAUUCCGCGCGGAUCUUGAAAAGGAUGGGCGGCGCGCUGUGGUUGUUGGCGCUGGUGUGGGCGGGCAGCAUCGUGCAGGUAGUGCAGACACAGUCCACCGCCAGGAGCCGCGACUUCAGUCUUGACAAUCACCUCAACGGGAGUUAUGUCGACAUGAUGAAGUCUCACGACGGAAGGGACCCUUGGAAUCUGGAUGUGAUCAUCGUGUACUUAUUGGAAGUUUUGUGCAGCAAGGUCGCCAUACAUAAGAGCGACGAUAAGGCCAAAUUCAACUCCAUAACCAGGAGAACUAUUGAGGACUACAUUAAAGUGAAGUCGGGAGACUGUGUGCCGCCACCGUUAUGGAAGGAAACUCAUCACCAUGGCGAGUGUCUUACUGAGGAGGAGGCGCGUGAAAUAGCAGUGAAGGAGUUGGUCUUUUCGAUGUACACUUUGGCGGCCAUAUCAAUGGAGGCAAUGACAGAAACACGUCUCCAGUUUUACACUGAGCAGGACUCUGAGGAUUUUGUUAUGUUCCUCACUGGUUGGAUUGAAAAGAUUUGGAAAGAAUUCCUGCCAUCCUUCGCAAUGCCUUUGUCUUCCGUUAUGAACAGCGUGUACAGGUUCAGGGACAUCCUGCGGCUGAGGUACACGAAGGGAAGGGGUAGUUCAGCGAGAUUGGUCAGGGCUGCCGACGAUAUUUACAGAGGAUUAAACCCUGUUCUAAUUAAAAUCGUUAAUGUAGGUUUCGAGAUAAUGAGAAAAGUGGUGGGUGCCGUUCGAGAAAAGUUUAUAAUCUUCACAAAUAUGUUCUCACGUAAUUAUGAUAAGAUUCUCGUAAAUCAUUUAGAACGAGACAGCAAGGGUUCUGCGUAUCCGUCAAUCACGCGGUACUGGGAUGCCAGGGCCAUGGACUACGCAGUCACCUUGUUAUUUAGGUUGAAGGCUUCCAAAGGGGGCGACGCCUACGAAAUCGACGAUUUGUUUGCAAAUAUACUUAAAAAACACUCAGCCGGCGACAUAAAAGCGGCCAUGAUUUUGGCUAAACGUGGUCUUAUCGAAUCAAAGAAGUACUUGAAAUUUAGUCCGUUGGUUGGCAGGUUACCUCCAAUCAAGCUGCCUCUACUGGGGACUCUACCACUACCUGCUACCCUGCAUGACCUGAACCUCAUGGGGGUCCCGACCACUUUACACGAGGUGGAGGAGUUGGCGUAUGAGGAAGUGGUACGUCGCUACCUGAGGGGUUUAGGAAAUAGGGACAUGGCAGAGUUUUUGCUUGGAAGUAGCUGGUGAGACGACUUUAUGUGCUUUGCCUUAAUUGUUGGCGUUGUCCGGUUUUCUGUAUGUUACGACACUCCCCAAGUCUGUACUAUACCAUGUGUUUACAAUAGUGCUAGUCAGAUGUAUGUAGCUGGCUAAUAAAAUUUACUUUGAUC